GCUGGCCUAGUUAGGAAGUGGGGCCGGGGUCCACAGCCUGGCCUUGGAAGCAGGUGCGGGGCCUUGGAGUCUAGCCUUGGAAACGGGGGCGGUGAUUUGGAGGCCAGCCUAAGAUGCGGGGCGGUGCCUGGGAAUCUAAAUCAGGACGCGGGGGUGGGGCUUUGAACCUAGACCUGGAAUUGGCCCGGAGCCUCGAAGCCUAGGUCAGGACGUCGGGAAGGCUCCUCGGAACCUAAGCGGUGCCGAAAGUCUGAGCUGCCUUCAAACUUAGACGAGGUAGCGGGAGGCUGCUCUUCGAAACUAGACCUGGAGGGGACCGAGCCUUCAGGCCUACACGCAGCGGAGGCGGGGCUUCCGAGGCGUUGCCCGGGUGACCGGGAGGCGGAGCAGCCGGGUCCUCCGUGGCCCGGAUGUCCGGACGCAGCGGUCGGAUGUUCUGAUCCCAAAGCUUCUCCCCGGGAAGCCUGGAGCAGCCAAUGGCUGUCGAUAUUCAACCAGCAUGCCUUGGACUUUAUUGUGGGAAGACUCUAUUAUUUAAAAAUGGCUCAACUGAAAUAUAUGGAGAAUGUGGGGUAUGCCCACGAGGACAGAGGACAAAUGCCCAGAAAUACUGCCAGCCUUGCACGGGGUCUCCAGAACUCUACGAUUGGCUCUAUCUUGGGUUUAUGGCCAUGCUUCCUCUUGUCCUACACUGGUUCUUCAUUGAAUGGUACUCAGGGAAGAAGAGUUCCAGCGCCCUGUUCCAGCACAUCACCGCGCUCUUUGAAUGCACUGUGGCAGCUAUCAUCACCUUGCUGGUGAGCGAUCCAGUUGGCGUCCUUUAUAUUCGUUCUUGCCGAGUCCUGAUGCUUUCUGACUGGUACACGAUGCUUUACAACCCGAGUCCAGAUUACAUUACCACAGUGCACUGUACUCAUGAAGCUGUCUACCCGCUGUACACUAUCGUGUUUAUCUACUAUGCCUUCUGCUUGGUCCUUAUGAUGUUGUUGCGCCCCCUGCUGGUCAAGAAGAUCGCGUGCGGCCUGGGGAAGUCUGACCGCUUCAAAAGUAUUUAUGCAGCACUUUACUUCUUCCCGAUUUUAACCGUACUGCAGGCAGUUGGUGGAGGCCUGUUAUAUUAUGCCUUCCCAUACAUUAUUUUAGUGUUAUCUUUGGUUACGCUGGCUGUAUACAUGUCUGCUUCUGAAAUAGAGAGCUGCUAUGAUCUUCUGGUCCGAAAGAAAAGACUUAUUGUUCUCUUCAGCCACUGGUUACUUCACGCCUAUGGAAUCAUCUCCAUUUCCAGGAUGGAUAAACUUGAGCAAGAUCUACCCCUCUUGGCUUUGGUACCUACACCCGCCCUUUUCUACUUGUUCACUGCAAAAUUUACUGAACCGUCACGGAUACUCUCAGAAGGAGCAAAUGGACACUGAAUAUAAAAUGCCACAUAACCCCAGAAAUAUUCUUAAUAAAAAAGUAAAGUUUUAAAAUGUCUUAGUUCCAUUCUGUCAUACAUGGGAAUAAGACUGUCAGUAUAUUUUAUGUUUGGGUUUUUUAUGUGUUCACCUAACAGUCCUUAUGGUUAGACAUCAUGGUAUUGUGUUACACAUGAUAGUGUUAUCUAUUACACUUGAAGCCUCCGUGGACAUUUCCGUUCUUUGGAACACAAUCAUGUUUCUGUGUACCUACCAAUGCCAUCUCCCAUCUCUGUAAGAAGAACCAACAAUCAAAACCUGAAAUCCUUAGCAGUGAUACAAUUGUUCAUGCCUGUUCCGUUUCCAUUUGUUUUUCAUUUAUAAGGAAUUAUAAAGUCAAAUGUACUUGUAACAGCAAAUACGGAAAUAAAUGUUUUAUCUAUUUAUUUUCACCAAUACAGUAUUUUAAUAUUAUUACAAAAAUAGAGCAUAAUUUAUACAAGAGGCUUUCCAUUUCUAGAUAGUUUGGUUAAAGACAUGUUCAA